UAUUCAAUUAUCAUUAAAUUUUUUCAACUGUGUAUUCAAGCAUUAUGAGUCCAAUACCUGUGUUCCUCCUUCUGUGGAUGUCCUCUCUGAUGUUGUUGUCACCUGGCACCGAUGCAUUCAGGUACUCCUGUGGUUAUAGAGCUAAUGGCUGCUCCAUACCUGGAAACCUGCCUUUUUUCUAUAAAAAUAUUUUCAGACCAGCGUGCAACAAACAUGACCAGUGCUACAAGUGUGGUUCCUCUCGGCGAUAUCGCAUAAGUCGUUUCAGCUGUGACAAUAAAUUCGUUCGGAACAUGCUGUCAAUUUGCAGAAGACGAUUCUGGCAUAGUGCUUUUGGAAAAUGUAGAGAGUUUGCAGGACUAUAUUACACGGCCGUUCGGUUUGGAGGGAGGUCUCACUAUCUGUCAACACCAGAGUCUCACUGCCCAUGGGUAGCACACUGCUUGAAUUGAAGAAAAUGGAAAAGGCAAUAAAUAUGACCUAAAACAAUGA